CCAGCCCGUGUAUCGCAUCUUCGCAUCAGACAUCAGUUCAGAAUUAUUAUUUUAUUACGAUUUGGAUGAUUUAGUUAUUAAGUAUAUUUUACUCGAUUUAAAUACCUACUGAUUUAUGCAUUAUUUCAUUAUAUUAAGUAUUUAUUGUUAACGAUUUCUGCUUGAGUGACAGGAUUCAUCAUGAUGGACGAGAACAGAGAUGACGACUAUGACACUGACGAUCUUGAAGAGGACGACACAGAUGAAGCAAAAUAUGACAUUAAACCAUCUUUGAAAAGUGACGAUAUCUGCUGCUCAAAUAAAUGUUUAUUUAUGUUUGAUGACAAAUUUAAAACUCGUAUUAAAAAUGAUCUGUCUCAGCUGAAAAGCUUUGAAAAGAACAUUUACCUGUUCGCAAUGAUCUCUAUUAACGAAAAAAAGAUAAACGCCACAAAAGUCAUCAAGUCUUCAAAAUAUUUCCAGUAUGCAGUUAAGCAUUAUGGAGUUAAUCGAUCUGUGUGUAAAAGCGCUUUUGUCACCUUGCAUGACACAACUCUAUCGCUAGUACGAACAUUGUGCAUGAAAAUGACUAUAGGGCAUAUAAUACCUACCGACGAUCGUGGGAAACAUAAUAACAGAUCGACCAUACCUGACGAGACAAAAGUUGCGAUCAAAGAGCAUUUCUUUAGCAUCUUGAAGUCUCCUAAUAUUUUCAAAUGUGCCAAGAAAAAUCUAGGCCAACCUAAUAUUUCUCAGCUGUGGAUUAGUUUUAAACAGGAACAUGGUCAUAUAUCUCGUUCAACAUACACAAAGUAUAUUCAAACAUUUUUAACACCAGAAGUUGUAUCAAAUUUUAUGUGUGCAAAUCAAGCAAAACAAAUAUUAAAGUACAUAAAUAAAAAUAAAUAAUUUGGUAUAUCUUUUACUGUUUGAUAAGAAUUUAAUAAAUAAUUAAUGUAUGUAACUUUAUUUGUUGAUUAUGUUCUUAAUAGUCAUGUUACAACUGACAAAUAUAACUAAUAGAAGAGACUAUACAAUAAUAGACUAAUAGAAUAGGUCAAUGGAGAAUAUUGGUAUAAUUUUAUAAAUAAUUUAUAAUAUAUAGUAAUAUGUGAUUACAGUUUACUAAUAUAUAGCUUAUAAUUUUUUUUCUAGUCUCCUAAGAGUAACGGUGGACAGG